CAUACCACGUUACGAGGAAAAAGUUGCAGCCGAGGAUGAGAAGAUUUUAGUCUAAGAAGGGGAUGGGACUCCACGAUGCGAUCAGGGCUUAGCAGCGGCUGCUAUUUUACAAAAGAAAUAAAAGCAAACAUAAACCUGCCACCCUAAUGUUUUAUUUUUAUAGGCAUCGUGUAGCCAAUGCAGACAUGGAAUCUGGUUUGAGACCAAUCAGGACUUUGUAGGAAAAAAAGAGAACGAUUUUACGUUUUUAUUGUAUGUGUUAUAUCUGUAAAUACCUCUGCGGUUGGCAUUCUGGGCGAAUAUAAGGCAGAAUUUUAACAUUGCAAAUCGUGAGUUAAUUAAAAUACCGGGGGAUCCCCACUAUAUUAGGACACGGCUGGCCGGUUUCAGAUCCCUGUGCUGAGCGGUAUUUUGGCGGCGACACUUGCAGACACACAGGCGGCUGCCCGUUCAUAAUCCACACUCAAGCAUGAGGAGCUCAGCCCGGACCUGCACGGUGUGAAACCAGCUCGGCCGUUUGCAACAGAACAACAAGGCAGAGAAUAAGGGGACAGGCGCCGCUCCGCUCCUGGUCAUGACCAUGGACCCUGACAAGAAAUGCAACGUGUCUAAAAAAGCAAUAAUUGCAAAGAUUUUCAAAGUUCGCAAGAGGAGAGAAAUGCUCUUUAUGCAGGUCUGCUUCAUCUGCAGUAUCCUCUUCGUGGCGUGGUGCAUGUCAAUCUUGAUGGCCAAAACAGGUCAUGGACUGUUAAUUGAGGGGGGCUCACGGCAGCCCUGGGGGCGGAAAUUAAUGGCCAUGAUGGAAGACAACGACACCGAAGAAGUGAAGAACUGCACCGAGCCAGCUAUCCACGAGUUUCCGGAAGACCUGUUCACCAACCGGGAGCGCAAGCAGGGAGGCGUUUUGCUGCACAUUACCGCGGCACUUUACAUGUUCCUGGCCCUGGCCAUCGUUUGUGAUGACUUCUUUGUGACGUCACUUGAGAAGAUCUGUGAGAAACUUCACAUGAGUGAGGACGUUGCUGGGGCCACGUUUAUGGCAGCGGGAAGUUCAGCUCCAGAACUUUUUGCCUCUAUCAUAGGUGUCUUUAUUACCCAUGGAGACGUAGGAGUUGGCACGAUCGUUGGCUCUGCCGUCUUCAACAUCCUCUGCAUUAUUGGCGUGUGUGGGAUCUUUGCUGGCCAGGUGGUGUACCUCACCCGCUACGCAGUGUUCCGUGACUCUCUCUACUACACCCUGUCCGUGGUGGCUCUGAUCGUGUUCAUCUACGAUGAGAAGAUCGUGUGGUGGGAGGGUCUGGUGCUGGUGCUGAUGUACCUGGGAUACAUUGUGAUCAUGAAAUUUAACUCGCGUAUGCAGGAAUACUUCACAGGGAAAGAGGAUAAGCACAUCGCCAACGGUAACACAGUCAGCAACGAGCUGGAGGAUGGUAAUGCAUGUUAUGACGAUAUAUGGGAUGACCCUACAUUGCCAUUGCUGUGUGCAGUGAAGCCCAGCAAAACUCACAGCCGAGGCUCUGUGGUGAUGGUGGAUGAGAUCAUGAACUCCAGUCCCCCAAACUACCGCUUCCCAGAAGCCGGCCUGCGUGUCAUGAUCACCAACCGCUUCGGACCCAAGACGCGCCUCCGCAUGGCCAGCCGUCUCAUCAUCAACGAGAGGAUGGGCCAGGCUUCAAAUGGCGUUGAAGCUGCUGUCGUGGAUGGAAAACCUGAAAUUGAGAAUGGCACCGUGGUGGAGGACAAGCAGCCUGAGGAAGCUGAGAAUGAGCUGUCCUCCCCCUUCAUCUGGCCAGGAGGUGCUAUGAACAGGGUUAAGUGGCUCAUCUCCUGGCCUGUGCUGGUGAUUCUCUAUUUCACUGUGCCGAACUGCGCCAAGCCUCGCUGGGAGAAGUUCUUCAUGCUUUCCUUCAUCCUAUCGACACUCUGGAUUGCUGUCUUUUCCUACUUCAUGGUGUGGAUGGUGACGAUAAUCGGUUACACUCUCGGAAUUCCAGACGUCAUCAUGGGCAUCACCUUCCUGGCUGCCGGCACCAGCGUUCCUGAUUGCAUCGCUAGCCUCAUUGUUGCUCGACAAGGCUUAGGGGACAUGGCCGUGUCCAACACCAUUGGCAGCAACGUAUUCGACAUCCUGGUGGGACUGGGUGUUCCGUGGGCGAUUCAGACUAUAGCUGUCAGUUACGGCUCUGAGGUGCAGAUAAACAGCCGGGGGCUGGUGUAUUCAGUAGUGCUGCUGCUUGGCUCCGUGGCCCUCACUGUUUUGGGAAUCCAUGUGAACAAGUGGAGGCUGGACCUAAAGCUGGGGAUCUAUGUGCUGGUGAUGUACGCCAUCUUCCUCUGCUUCUCCGUCAUGAUUGAGUACAACGUCUUCACAUUUGUCAACUUGCCCAUGUGCCAGGAAUAACUGUCGGACAUGUAGAAACUGUAAUAUAACCCCUACGAUAUUCUCGCUGUUUACUUCUCCUACAAAAUACACAAUCUUCGGAUUGGGCCAUCAAAUUUUUCUUCGUUCGUUCCAAGACCUCAGCUUGAUCUGAAGCAAACCUCAAAGAACUCUACACUAAGGAGACUCAUGACCCAGGGCAUCCUGCUGUUUUGAUCCUCCUCCGUUCCUUUAAUUUUCUCUAUCACUCUUCAUCAGAAUGAUUGUAUUUCAAUCUGACAGCUCAGUCAGACUUGCGUUAGGAAUCGAAGGUUUUGAAAUAUUUUUCCCGCAAGUCAUCAUGUGCGCAUAGAUUCUUGUUUAUUUUUAAUUAGCCUUUUUGGAAAUGGUAAAAGAAGUUAACCAAACGUCUAAUAAACAUGUUGCACUUUAGAAAUAGGCUUGUUGAAAGAUAUAAAACCAGAUUUUCUAAGAAACUGCCUGGGAAAUGUUCCAGAUUUUUUUCCCAACUUGGUGCAAUAAGAGGACAGCAGAGGGAUGUUGGGGUUCUUUCCCUCGGCAUCGACCAUGAGGAGAAGUGAGAAGUGCUCCAGGGUCAUUCUCUAUUCUCUCAAGCAGUAUGAACCAAACUGAACUAGCAACGGUGCAUGACAGAAAGAUAUCUUAUCUCACGUGUCUUUGUGUGCGUGUCUAGGAGAGGGUGUGAGGUUCCUUUUUGUGUCUGUUUUGUGUGUGCGUAUACACGCAUAUAUAUAAUGUCAGUGUGCAUGUGAUAUUCAAAGUUCUCUGCACUCAGCUGCACAGCAAACCCGAUAGGUCAGAAAUGGAGAACGGGCAGCCUCUUUCUUUCCAAAGGAAGAUGGCGGGUUUUGUGCAUUGAUGUUCCGUAGUUCCAUCCACGUUCUGUUACUGCAUGGGGAUCCGCUCGCCCUCUGCCCAUCGAACUGAAACAUCUCUGCUUCACCCUUGUCGCUGGCAUUAGUUCGGUGCACCGGCAUGUGCUCAGAAACGGCGCAGCUGGAGGGGAAUCUCUGUGCAUCCUGGGAAUCAUUGUAGAGAGUCCACCACGGACCGUUUGUCGUCCGGAGCCUCUUGGGGUGUCAGGUCAUGAGAGGAACCUCCUCAGGCUUUUCACGGCCGGACGGCCCACACGGAUCCCUUCCACCGCAACUGCACAUCUCGUUCUGGUUUCCCUCAUUCUCCCAGUCCCAUGCUGGAAAGGGGUGUUUGGUGAACAGGGCAGAGCAAAUGAGCCUAGAGGUUCUGGAAAAAUGUAUGAACUGCUCCUGGUGGUGGGGUGAUUUUUUUUUUAGUCUUCGAGAGCACAGAUGUCCCAGCCACAGUUGCGGUGGUCGUCAGAGAGGGAGAAAGCCGUGUCAGAAAUGCCAGACAAAGACGAAACUGCUGCAUGUUCCUGCAUUGUAAACUGCAUCUAUAUAACGAGGCUUGACAUGUUGACAUGCUGCAGUUGUCACGUUUGGAAACAGUGCUUCCUUCUGCCAGGUGGGGGCUACACAGGCCCAGGCAGAUUCUUAUUUCCCCGAAGGGGGGGCUCGCUGAGGACUCUUUGCUUUAGCCCUUGGUACCCCUUUCCAUCCUGCGGGAUUUGUGUCCCAGAAACUGGCAGCUACGCAUUUCUGUGCAAUUAUGCAGGAGCCACUGCUAGAUGCUGGGGGGUUGGGGGGGGGGCUGAGUCAUUGUGUCGAUGUCCGUGGUGAAAAUGUGGGUGUCGGUGUCCGUGUUAAUAAGCACCCGUCUCUUAUGUCUGUGUCAAAAGGCAGGUGUUGCAGUGCUAGUAUAUGCAAUUUCAAUAAGUACAGCCCUGUUGUUGGUUUCCAGGGAAACGGCGGUAUAUGCAUUAUGAGUAAUUACCCUUGGGUUCUAGAGGUGAUGGAAGUAUCUCAUUCACUCCACCACACAUGUGCACAUGACUUCACACGCAGACGCACACAUGCCACACACAACCCCCUCGAUUCUGUUCACAGACCAGACGCCAUUUUUCUUAUUUUGCACGCUAAUGGGGUACAGAGGAGUCGUGCGUAUGAGUUAAUGAGUUCACUGAUUUCUUCAGGGAACAGAUUAUAUUGUACUGCUCUAAAGAGUUUCGUGGCUAUGAUCUAGCCUUGUUCAAUAGAACAUUUAGCAGGUGUUAGAGAGAGCUGCUAAAAAGCAUUACAGAGUAAUAACACGCUCUGAAAGCGGAUUCCGAUCAAGGGCAUUACUCUCACAAUACUGAAGCUGUAAACUGAGUGCAACUGUUCUGGCAAUGUGAAAGCUUUGAAUUGUGUAACUUUUGUCCUUUUCUAUAAUCACAAAAACUGGAAAAAUAACUUUUUUAUUGUUGUAUACUUCACUCUGUACACAAUACACUGGGCCCCAAACUCUGAGCAACCUACUAAGAGAUGAUCCAGAAGGUUCCGUCUGAUGUGUGGGUUUCCAGGAGGUCGCCACAUUUGACCCACACUUCACUAUUAAACCAGUGUUCAUUCUCCUUCCUGAUCAUAUCUCUUUGUAAAUUUUAUUGGAUGUUUUUGGAUAAAAAAAUCCAUUUUGUGGUUAUAUUUUGUUGGUUACUCUGUGAAUGGGAGGAGUUACUUGUUUUAGUUUAUAAAUGGGAAAAAAAUGCAUGGUUCUUACUUUUUUACUCUUCUUUGUGCAAAGUAGCACUGAGAAGUGUGGCCAUGUCCUUGCUGCUUGGAGUAAUGUUGCUCGAGCAUUUUACGACGGUCACGUGCACACUAUACACAUAUUUUUCAUACCUCUUUAUUAAGUCACUUUUCUAAACUAUGAACACGUUUCUGUAAUUUAUACAGGCAUAAAUCUACAUCUGUCUGACAUAUUCUGUAGAAGGAAACACGCACACACUCACAUAUGCGCACACCUACAGAGACGAACAUACAAGAGAGUGUUGAAUGUGACCUAAUUCACUGUGAAUGCAAAAGUGAUGUGGGCUCAUUCAUCAAAUAUAAAUACAUGAUUAUAUAAAAUAUAGUUGCUAUGAAACCAACUGAAGACAUCUGUGUUUAACUUAUAUGAAUGUAUUGUCUUGCUAUCAAUGGAUGUAUCCGACCAAUGCAUUUUACUGUAAAGCAAUAAACAAAGUCAUAUGGAAAAAUUA